GUUUUUGGUUUUGACACAGCUCAUCUCUUGCUCCUUCGUCAUUCGGUAUUUGAGAAUUUGUCAACAGCAGUCACAAAAUAUUCGUCCUCUUGUUCGAUAAGUUAAUUUUGUUCCACAAGUCCAGAAGAGUGAGUCUAAGUCAAGCAAGGCUAAAAUGAAUAAGCACGAAUUCAAUGUGGUCAUGACCUGCGAGGGUUGUUCGGGAGCAAUCACCAAGCUGCUCAACAAGCAAAAGGAGAAGGGCGAAAUUGGUGAUUUUGAGGUCAACCUUGCCGAGCAGCAGGUUUUUGUCAACUCUGUGAAAGACUCUGAGGAAAUCACCGAGAUGCUCAAAAAAAGUGGCAAGCAAGUCACGCACAAGAAAACCGAAAAGGCUGAAACUGAAGGCAAUUAAUCAACUAAUCACCUAAUCAAUCAAUCGCCCAAUUAUUUUAUUGAUAUAUUCUUCUAUAUUUGUUUUAAAAUACGCAAGUAUUUAUAUAAUCUUUCCAAAAAUGUCUAAAUUGAU